AAUUUUUAGAGAGAGAGAGAGAGAGAGAGAGAGAGCGCUUGGGAGGCAAAAGAUAUUUGUUAUCCAGUUUCAUCUCCAGGCCGGGUCACAGCUGAGCUAGGGCUUUUGCUCUCGUCGAAUUUUCAAGUUUUGCGCAUACCCCUUUGUACUCUUAAGGAAUUGAAAGAACUCUGGGCCCUUGGCGGUCGAGCGCUUGGUUUUCCGUUCAAAGAGUUGCAGUUGCACUGAGGAGUAAUUGGAAAGAGAAAGACUAGAUAUGAUUAGUUACUUUAUCCGAUUUUGAUCGAACAAGUCCCAUUUACAGUGCAAGGCCAACAUUUGACUGAAUGAGGUCAGUUUGGGCAGCAUGGAUGAAGGAUGGGUGAUGAUGCAACCCUGUUAGAUGCGAUGGAGGGUGCACGCCUCCAAAGCAAAGAGAGUGAGUAUUCUCUGAAACCUGAAGGCCGCAACAUGUUGGAAUCCCAGGAAAUGUUUAUACCUGGAGAGGGUGACUUUAACCAGAGCCCGCCCCAGGAAUUUGCGGUUCAAGAGGGUAAGAAUGUAAAUAGGAGUAUAAACCAUGGGAAUGGAUUGGAGCAACCCCAUGCUAGUCUUUGCUCCAUGGAUGAUGCUGGUAUCAUGGUUGACGAGUUGAGAGUGACCGAUUACAAUGGCUCGAAUUUAGCUGCUGUUGGUACAUCAAGCAAUAGAGAAAGAAUGCAGGCUAGGCAGAAUCAGUGGCAGCAUCUUUAUCAGCUUGCAGGUGGAUCAGGAGGUGGGAGUUCACGCGGUGAUACUAUAUGGAGGGGCAAUGGUCAGGCAAUGCCAAGUUUCUGGGAGGAUAUGGGGGGCACGCAUUUUCCAGAGUUAUUGGCUCAAAAACCAUUUAGCAAUGAUAGUAAGGAUAUGGCGGAACAGUUGAUGACUGCUGAAAAUCAAGAGGCACCAGGCAACAAUUGUGGAGGUAUCCGGACAAAGAUUAUAUCUAAAUCAGGGUUCUCUGAGUUUUUUGUUAAAAAGACUUUGAAGGGAAAAGGGAUUGUAUGUAAAGGCCCUACUAGUGAUGGCAUUCAUGUUGGGCCCAGAGACCAGAAUAAUUUGAAGAUUGGCGGUAGUACUAUGGUGGCUUCUGAUGUAUCACAGGGACUGUGUUCCAAAACUGCAACGCCUUCUCCUGAAGGCAUUGCUGGGCUUAGGCCUCCUGGUGGUUCGGAUCAUGAUGGAGUUUGUUUGAGACAAUGGCUGAAAGUUGGGCGCCAUGAAGCAAGUAAAGUUAAGUGCUUGUAUAUAUUUAGACAGAUCGUGGAUGUGGUUGAUUUCAAUCACUCUCAAGGAGUUACCUUGAAGGACUUACGGCCCUCUUGUUUCAGGUUGUUGUUGUCAAAUCAGGUUAAGUACAUUGGGUCAUCUGUCAAGAGAGAAACGUUAAAUGGUGUAGGGGAUCAUAAUACUUUGCGCUCAGAUAAUUGUCUUAUAAGAAAAAGGCCUCUGGAGCAGGUAAUGUUUCCCUCUGCUGCUUUAUAUGCAAAGAAGCAAAAGUUCAGUGAGAAUGCUAACUUCAGUAGGCGGUGGCACCAUUUCCCUUCAAGAUCUUGCCACAAACUUGAAAGUGCAUGGGAUUCUUGUGAUGAAUAUAAUGAAGCUAAUCCAAGUACAGAAUGUGAGAGUCAGAGCAAGCCCAGCAGCCCUUGUGCGUCUACUAUAGCUCAACAUCAUUUGACUUCUCUGAGUGAACGGUUGGAAGAGAAAUGGUAUAAAAGUCCUGAGGAGCUCAGUGAGGGUGCUGGCACAUCUUCGUCAAAUAUCUACUGUCUUGGUGUUCUUAUUUUUGAGUUACUUGGUCGUUUUGACUCUGAAAGAGCUCAUGCUGCCGCAAUGUCAGAUCUGCGUAAUAGAAUUCUUCCCCCAAAUUUUUUAUCUGAAAAUCCCAAGGAAGCUGGAUUCUGUCUUUGGCUAAUUCAUCCUGAACCUUCAUUGCGCCCGACAACCAGGGAGAUUAUACAAUCUGAAGUGAUUAAUGGAGUGACGGAGGUGUGUGCUGAAGAAUUAUCAUCAUCCAUUGAUCAAGAUGAUGCCGACUCGGAACUAUUAUCACAUUUCCUGGUUUCAUUGAAAGAGGAAAAGCACCAGCGUGCUUCCAAGUUAGUGGAAGACAUUAGCUGCUUAGAAGCAGAUAUUGAAGAGGUUGAGAAGAGGCGCACUUUGAAAAACUCACUGGUUGAUUCUUGCUUGCACAGUGACUCCCUCAGUAGAAAGGAGACUAUGUUCUAUCAUAAAGAACUGUCAAGUUUGGAUGCGCUUUCUCGGUCAUCCCCUAUAUCUAAUACAAAUGAGUUGAUGUUGACGAGGAAUAUCCAUCAGCUUGAGAAAGCUUACUCGUUGGUGAGAUCUGAAAUUCAGCUCACUGAAAGUGAUGCAACAACACGUCCAGAUAAGGAUUUAUUGGGGAAUCGUGAGAACUGGUGUUUGGCCCAAAUGGACGAAGAAAAACAGAUUUCCACUGAUCGCUUAGGAGCCUUCUUUGAUGGUUUAUGCAAGUAUGCUCGUUAUAGUAAGUUUGAAGUGCGUGGGAUACUAAGAAAUGGGGAUUUCAAUAAUUCUGCAAAUGUAAUUUGCUCUCUCAGUUUUGACCGGGAUGAGGAGUACUUUGCUGCUGCUGGAGUGUCAAAGAAAAUAAAGAUAUUUGAAUUUAAUGCUCUCCUUAAUGACUCCGUUGAUAUAAAUUAUCCAGUGAUUGAGAUGUCAAAUAAAUCAAAGCUUAGUUGUGUUUGCUGGAACAACUAUAUCAAGAACUAUCUGGCUUCAACUGAUUAUGAUGGUGUAGUGAAGUUAUGGGAUGCAGGUACUGGUCAAGCGUUUUCUCAAUUCACAGAGCAUCAAAGAAGGGCUUGGUCCGUUGACUUUUCUCAAGUAUCUCCCACAAAAUUGGCCAGUGGAAGUGAUGACUGCUUCGUGAAACUGUGGAGCAUUAGUGAGAAAAACAGUUUAGAUACAAUCAAGAGCGUUGCAAAUGUCUGCUGUGUUCAGUUCUCUGCCCACUCCUCACAUUUGUUGGCCUUUGGAUCUGCCGAUUAUAGAACUUAUUGCUAUGAUCUUCGGUUUACUAAAAUCCCCUGGUGUGUAUUGGCGGGCCAUGAAAAAGCUGUGAGCUUUGUGAAAUUCUUGGACUCCGAAACACUUGUUUCUGCAUCCACUGACAGCACAUUAAAGGUUUGGGAUCUCAACAAAACCAGUCCUUGCGGUCUGUCCAAUAAUGCUUGCGGCAUAACCCUUAGUGGGCAUGCUAAUGAGAAGAAUUUUGUGGGUUUAUCCACUGCUGAUGGUUAUGUAACAUGCGGUUCAGAAACAAAUGAGGUUUAUGUUUACCAUAGAUCUCUGCCUAUGCCAAUUACUUCCCACAAGUUUGGCUCCAUUGAUCCUGUCUCUGGAAAAGAGUCUGAUGAUGACAAUAUGCAGUUUGUUUCCAGUGUUUGUUGGAGAGCGAAAUCAGACAUGGUUGUUGCUGCCAAUUCAAGUGGGUGUAUAAAAGUGUUGCAGUUGGUUUGAGGAAAAGGGGAAACUCUGACAAUCAAGAGGAUUUUUUGGCUCUAGCUGUUCAUGUGAAGAGCUCACCUCAUUUUGAAAUACCGAGUCUGCAGCAUUUCAUCCCAAAAAAACUUAUUUAAGAGAUGUCGAAAUUGCGACAACUGGCUCCUGAUCUCCACAUCGGAAGAUUGAGAUGCCAGCAUGAGAAAUUAAAGGCGUAAAACCACAAAUAUCAUGUAGUCACUGAUAGAAGAGGCCUGAGAUACUGCUUCGAGAUGUAAAAUGAUUGACUGAAAUCGACAUGAAUUCAGUACAAAUGGAUUCAAAGAUAAACAUGGAAUUUUGGGAACAGCUGUUUCUGGCAUUCAGAAUGAGUGUUAUCUAUUUUUGCAGUUGCUCCUAAGAACAAAUGCAGAUUUCUUAGUCCUUAAAAAGAUUUUUCAGUGAUGGACUAGCAUUUUUGGUAGCCCACUUGUUUGUUCAAAGUCCGCUCAGAAGGGUUGUUGACUCUGACAAGAAAUUCCUUAUUGGGUUGUAUUUAGGAAAUUAAUGUCUAAGGUAAAAAGUUGCUAUUGUAAAUUUUCUUCAAUUUCAUGUAUAUGAUAUAAUUUUGUGUAGUAGAUCUGACAGGAUGACCUGAUUCCGCAUCUUUUUUGUAUAUCGCAAUUUGUAUAAACUUAAACAGUGAUUCAUGUUUCUUUUGAAGAAGGGAAUGUCAAAGCGUUUCUUGAUUA